AUGGUUAAGCCCGAUCAUGCAUUGCUGUUGUUGGAUGUUCCAGUUGAUGCUGCUGUAGCCUUUAUUGAGAGCACAAUUGAAACUGUGAAAAUAUUUGGUAGAGUACGUGUUCGUUCUUCAAAAGAAGGUCCGUCUAAAACAAGUUUGCUGGUGCUGUGUGAAUGUCAUGAAAAGAUUGAUCCUUCGCGUGUUCCUACUGAGGUAUUACCUAAAGAUGGUGAUCCUGUGUGGAAGAUUGUGGUCGUCAGAGAAAAAGAGCCUGUCCCUGAUGAUUUUUCUGCAAAACUCAGAAAGCUUCUACAAGAUGAAGGCAAAUCCAUGACUGAUGUUCAAGCUUUGCUUUCCCCUUUUCCUACUAGUUCUCCUGAAGCUGUAAUUCGAGCAGUUGGUGAGCUCUUGGAAAAGACCACAAAGUGUUCUAGUGAUUCCACUGCUUACAAGCGACUGCGUGUUUUCUCAGGUGUGGUGCCUACUCCGGCGGGAGAGGAAACCAUGGAGAAUUGGAUUGAGCAGGCUAAGCUGAUGAUAGCAGAAAGUGAUUGUGCUGAAAAAGAGAAGCGUAAGCGCAUUGUUGAAAGCUUAAAGGGUCCUGCCCUUGAGAUUAUCAAGGCAGUUAGAUUGUCUAAUGGUGAUGCAAGUGCAUCUGAGUAUCUUGUUGCGCUUGAAAGUGCGUUUGGGACUUCAGAGUCCGGUGAAGAUUUGUAUUUUGCAUUCAGACUUCUUCGCCAGAACUUCGGUGAAGCGCUGUCUGAGUUUCUCCGUCGAGUAGACAAGUCAUUGACCAAAGUAGUUCAGAGAGGUGGACUACAACCUGCACAAGUUGAUAGAGUGCGAAUUGAGCAACUUCUUCGUGGCGCUGUUGAGUCCGACAUGAUGUUGCUGAAGUUAAGACUGAGAGAGAGAAAAGAAUCCCCGCCUACUUUCUUGAAGCUACUGAACGAGAUUCGUGAGGAGGAAGAAAAUGAAGCUGCCUGGUGUAAGCUUGAUGCCACGGUGAAACCUGUGCUCCCUAAAACGUCACCACCGCCAAAACCCGCUGAAAUUCAAGCAUUGAAAGCUGAGGUCAAGGAGCUGCGUGCCAAGCUGGAAGAGUCAUGCAAGGCCCCAGUAUCACCUGAAGCCCCAGAACAGAAAGCAAAGAUGACUUCUGCGAGUGCUGAAGCAUGA